AAAAUGCACUACUAUGUCUGGACGUGGGAGUUGGGACGCGUUGUUGGUUGGCACCAUCAGUCCACAUGUUCGGUCAAUGAAGACGGAAAGGGUUGACCUCGAGCACGGGAACUCAUCAGGAUUCAGGAUUCAGGACACGAUCAGAUCAGAUCAUCAGACAGCCAUCAGAGGAUUCAGAUCGGAAAGUCAAGCCAUUCCACGUUCCAUCUUGCAACAGCAGCAGCCACUAGUAAACACUGGAGUGAAUAUAAACGCGAUAUGAGUGACCUCCUUCCUCCCCGGCUAACCAGCUCCGUCUACCAAAGAUGGCGCCACCACCACCACCACCACCACUGAAGAAUCCUAGCCUGUCCACUCGCCACCUCAUCUUGCUUCUCCUUCUGUCCACCGCCACCUUCUCCGCCGCUGUUUCCACCCGCUCCUACUCCUCCAUCUGCCCCACUCCGGCACCCGCUCCGGACCGCCACACCGACGCCGACGACGCCCUUUCGCUCGCCCGCUCCUUCCAGAUAUACGACGGCUACUUCUCCGGCGGCGAGGGCAGCCUCUUCUCCCCCGACGAUCACCUCCACGGCAGCUACCGCUCAUUUUCCCUGUUCCCCGACCGCGCCGUCCGCACCACCGACCCGGCUCUCCUCCACCUCACCGCCACCCUCACCCUCGCCGGCCCCCGCUUCGGAGAGUACCACCGGAGCCAUGGAAACCGCGGUAAUUACACCAUCCCCGCGUAUAUCUCUUUCGUCCUCGACGGUUACUACUCCUCCGCCUCUCUCCAGCUCUGCAUGGUCGGGACGGGCACUGAACCCGCCGCCGACGGAUCUGUGAAGCAGUACGCGGACGUCGCCCUCCACCUCCGCGUCCCCAGUCCUCCCAGCCUCGCCGAUCCCUUCGUGGACGGCAGUUUAGAUGGCUCCUCCGGCUUCGGGGCCAUCCAGCUGCUCGCGUACGCCGAAGGCGACGACUACGAGUACGGCGAGCGCCCCACCUGCAGCCCACCGGUGCGGCCGGCCAGGGGCUCGCCCCAGGAGCUCGACGGCGGCAGCUUCGUGUGCGACGACCUGAAAGAGCGGCUCGUGACCUCGUACAGGUUGCAGGAUCAGCACGGCGGCUCCCCGGCCAAGCUUCCGCGGAUGCACGUCAACAGGAUGAAGUGCACGCCGGACGGCGCCGUGCGCGCGUACGUGGUGUUCUCCAACGACACCGGGGACGAGGGGCGUCGGCUUGAAUUCCUGGUGGACGAGGAGGCGGUCGUGGCCGACGGGCACUGGGACUCGGCUCGGGACAUGCUCUGCCUCAGAGCAUGCCGGGUGUCGCGCUCCGUGCCAACGCCGUCAACUCUGGCGGUGCGGGAGUGCGGGAUCGAGCUGAGCUUCUGGCUCCCGGCCGAGUGGACGAUCCUCGAGCGGAGCGUCGUGGCCGGCGCGCUCCGGAACCCGGCUCAUGGGAGGACCGACGUGAUGUCGGCCUUCAGCAUCCACGACCGCAGAAGAAACCUCUCGGACGUGAGGUACAGCUACAACGACACGAUGCUUGAUGUGGCCAAGAAGCAUUAUCUGAAGAUCAACAAGGAGAAGAUCAGAGGAUCGUUCCCGGUCCCGAGCAACUCUGCUUACCAUGACUUCAGGCUCCAUUUCUUCGUGGCAAACACGGGGAGGCGGGGAGAAGCUUACCCGGUCGCGAUUGGUUCGGUGAUUGUAAACGAGGAUGGGUUGUCCGCCGACGAUUCCCUCCCCGGAUCUGCGGUGGGUGACACGGAGCACGAUCUACUGAGAAUCAGCUACGAUCUACACUGUGAUGCUGCAGCAGACAAUUGGGUCCGUCCAACUAAGAAUAUGUCCUACUCCUACAGGCCGGAGGAAGAACGGCGAAUCUCGAUCUCAGCAGAGGGUGUGUAUGAUCCCAAGAGGGGCAUCCUGAGCAUGGCUGGCUGUCAACGGCGCAACGGCUCGACGGACUGCCAGAUACUGGUCACCGUGCAGUUCGCCUCCCUCGACCUCGAGGGGCUCGGGGGCGGCGGAGCGAUCAGCAGCCUCAGAGACAGGUCCGACCGUCUCUUCUUCGAGACGAUGAACAUCACCUUGUACGGGAUGUACACAGAGCAACUGUCGGAGGCGGUAUCGAGGAUGGACAUGGAGAGCAUCAUGCUCGUGGCCUCCACGAUGCUGUCGUGCAUCUUCGCCGCCCUGCAGAUCCUGCACGCCAAGAAGAACCCCGAGGCCGCUGCGGCGACGUCGAUCACCAUGCUCGCCGUCCUCGCCCUGGGGCACCUUGCCCCUCUGGUGCUCAGCUUCGAGGUCAUCUUCAUGAGCAGGAGGAGCCAGUACUUUCUUGACUCGACGAGCGGCUGGCUCGAGCUGAAUCAGGUGAUGAUGAGUGUGCCUGCGCUGGUCGCCUUCGUGCUGCAUCUGCGCCUUCUUCACCUGGCGCUGGCUGGUCGGCUGAGACCGGCCGCCGGCCAGAGCGAGCCCGCAACGACGUCCGUCUCGGAGAGGGCUGUGCUGAAGGUGUGCCUGCCGCUGUACCUGCUGGGAGGAGUCAUGGCCGCGGCCGUCCACGCGAUCAACAUCCGCACCUCAAGGGAGGGCCACAUCGGUGGAGAGGCGGCCAUGCCGUGGGACGACGUCGUGUGGUACGCGGGGCUGAUGCUGGACGGCUUCCUGCUCCCUCAGGUCAUCCUGAACGAGUCCUUGUCAGGCUCCAAAGUCCGAGCGAUUUCGCGGUGGUUUUACAUGGGUGGCACCCUGAUCCGCGUGGCGCCUCACGUGUAUGAUGUGGUCAGGAGGCGGGUCUACGUGCCGAGUAUGAGCCCCUCUGACAUAUACGCGAGCCCUCGCGGCGAUCUCUUUGGCGUCGCGUGGGAUGUGGUUAUAUUGUGCGGAGCGGCGUUGCUGGCGUCCCUCUUGUUCUUCCAGCAACGGCUUGGAGCCGGCGCCUCGCUUCCUUGGCAGAGGAAGAGAUCAGGUGGGUAUGAGAUGGUCUCUCGCAUCUAACUUGAGUAUGUGUUUGGCUUGUGGUGGAUUGGGUAACGUGUAGCAUGUGGCAUCGUGCUUUGAGGGGAAAUUUGAUAUUUUUUUUCA